CCCUGAGAAAUUUCGUCUUAUCAUCUGCAGGCACCUGACCACUCCAAGCGAGGGGAAAGUAGUUUCUCCGAGAUUCAUUAACUGCAAAACUUCCACACGUUCUUCCAUAUUCGGAAGAAUGAACGACAGCUCUCGGCUAUACAUCUCCAUGUAUAAGAGACCGCCCCGUCCCCCGACUCAAUGAGCUCCCACGACUUCGGCAACUCAUUAUCCACCUCACGAUGAAGUAUCUCUCUUCCAUUCUGCUCCUGGCUAUCCCAGCCCUUGCGGCUCCAUCUCCAACAAUCACCGAGCGUCAAGAUGCAGGUUGUGGUAUCGCGUCUGGAUUCUCCUACCAAACCGACGCAAAACUGCCAGAUCCAUUCACCUCUACCAAUGGGACCAAGAUCACCACGAAGGCGCAAUGGCCAUGUAGAGCAGAAGAGAUCAGCCAGCUCUUUCAAAAGUACGAGCUGGGAACACUUCCCCCGAAACCAUCCAGCGUGACCGCAACGUAUUCCGCGGGCUCGAUCAAGGUGACGGUUUCGGAUGGAGGAAAGAGCAUUACCUUCUCCGCCAAGAUUACCACGCCAUCAAGUGGCAAAGCUCCGUACCCUGCAAUCAUCGGUAUUGGAGGAGUGAGCAUUCCAUCGCAGGCAGGUGUUGCUUCAAUUACAUUCGACAACGACGGCAUGGCAGCCCAAGCGAGCAAGUCUAGCCACGGCACCGGAUUGUUCUUCAACCUCUACGGCUCGUCUGCCACGGCAGGUGCAACCACUGCAUGGGCAUGGGGAGUCUCGCGUCUCAUUGACGCUCUGGAAAUGACGCCAACGGCAAACAUCGACACCACGAAGCUUGGUGUAUCAGGGUGUUCCCGUAACGGCAAGGGCGCCUUCAUUGCUGGUGCUUUGGAGCCACGUAUCGCCUUGACCAUUCCUCAAGAAUCUGGAUCGGGCGGCGCCGCUUGCUGGCGUAUCUCCGAUGCGCAAAAGGCAGCUGGAAAGAACAUUCAAACUGCUGGUGAGAUUGUUGGCGAGAACGCUUGGUUCUCCCCGAACUUCAAUGCCUAUUCCACCAAGACCUCUGAUCUUCCCGUCGACCAUCAUAUGCUGGCCGGCUUGAUUGUUCCACGUGGUUUGUUCGUUAUUGAGAACGACAUCGACUGGCUUGGUCCUGUCAGCACGACUGGAUGCCAGCAAGUGGGUCAGAUGAUCUACAAGGCGAUGGGUGUCCCAGAGAAUUUUGGAUUCUCACUUGUUGGAGGGCACAGCCAUUGCGCGUUCCCAUCUGCACAGGCGUCUGACUUGAGUGCGGCUGUGAGCAAGUUUCUAUUGGGAGGUACUGGUUCAGCUACCGAGGUGUCGAAGAGCAGUGUGACUGUAGACCCGACGACGUACAUCGACUGGACUGCCCCAGUAUUGACAUAGGGUAUAGGCGUAUGGAUGUCCUGCGACAAGAAAAAGUAGCUGGAAUUCGUUCACUUUCCUGUACAUACAAGAAGAGUUUCUUUGUGGGGUGUAUAUAAUCUGAAAAUGACCACACUUGAUCAUCUCCAAGCACUUUCCUACGCUCGUACAUCACGGAGGAUACACUGGCUGUAUUCCAUGAUCUGCAGGUGAUUCACCCAAUUUUCGGGCAUACAUUAGAUAGUCGACGACCUCAUAACGCU